AUGAGCCCCCCCGACUCGCCGUCCCCGGCCGCGGCCGAGACCGAGGUGUUCCUCACCCCCGCGACCGCGAAGGCGAAGAAACCGAGAGAGGCGGAGGAGGAGGAGGAGGACGCGGACGGCCGCGGCGCCGCGCGGAUGGACGAGGCGGUGGCGCGCGCGGCGAAGGACCUCGGAGGCGACGGCGACGACGCCGCGGAUCUCGACGGUCUCGCCGACGACGACGACGCCUUCUACCCCGACGCGGACGCGAUACUCACCGAGGCGCAGAGGCAAGCGACGGAGAUGGCGGACCAAGCCUCCGCGGCGCUCUCCGAGGGCGUCGACGCGCUGUCCGGGAUGUUCGGGUGGAGCAGCGCGUCGACGACGACGACGACGACGACGACCGCGGAGACGACGGCUCGGUCGACGACGUCGCGACCGACGGACGCGGAGACGACGACCUCGUCGCGGGACGGCGUCGACGACCCGUUCGGGAUCGCGCAAGGGAUCAGCGAGCUCUGGAAAGGGAUCGACUAUCUCGUCGCGGACGCGACCGGCGAGGGCGGCGACGGCGAGGACGCGAUGACGACGACGCGCGGAGGAGGAAGCGGAGGAGGAGGAGGCGUCUGGGACGGGUACGCCGUCGUUCGGAGACCGCGCGCGAAGCCGCCGUCGACGACGCCCGCGCAGCUCAGGGAGAAGUUUCCCGCGCUCCCGAGCGGGAGCACGCUGCUGGAGUGUUUCGCGUGCGACGUCGAGCAGCGGUACGCGCUCGCGACGGGCGACGCGAGCGGCGACGCGAGCGGCGGCGGCGAGCGAGGAAAGAAAAAAAAAAACGCGUCCGCCGCCGCCGCCGCCGCCGCUCCGGAGGCUCUGGCGACGACGCCCCCGACGAUCGUCCUCCCCUUCGCCGGCGCGUUGUACGUCACCGAGCGACACGCGUGCUUCGCGUUCGAGCCCGCGCCGCUGUUGCGCGGUGACACCCCGGAGAGUUUCGUCGUCGCGCACGACGCCGUGGACGCGGUUGAGAGGACCAACGCGAAGGACGGCGGCGGCGGCGAGGGCGGGGGCGGGGGCGGGGGCGUGCGGGUGACGACCAAGGGCGCCGACUCGGGCGGAGGGAAGAAAACGGUCGUGUUCGGGGGGUUUCAGGGCGAGGAGUUGGAAGCCGCGCUCGCGCUGUUGGAGCACCUCGCGUCUUCCGAAUGA